ACAGACAGCUGUCGACAUCAAAGUAGGUACUAAGUACUCUGUGGUCGACAAUCGACAUGACAAAACAAUGUCAACCAACAUUUGAAAUGAAAGGAAUUAUUUUGCGACGAUUGGGUCGUUCUUGUGCUUAUCUUAUCACUUCUCUGUCUGCGUAGAUAAUUGCUGUUUAUUGUUGAGUGAGCAUGAAUAUACGUCAGUUUCGUAUAAUCACUCGUCCAGUCAAGUUCUAUACCCCUAGAGUUCUGUCUAUUCAGAGUCAUGUGGUCCACGGCUACGUUGGAAAUAAAAGCGCGGUGUUCCCACUGCAGGUGUUAGGAUUUGAAGUGGACUUCAUAAACACUGUCCAGUUCUCAACACAUACUGGAUACAAACAUCUGAAAGGAAAAGUCUUACCAAAUGAAGACUUGGAUGACUUAAUUGAUGGCUUGACCUUAAAUGAUGUGGACUACUACACUCACUUUCUCACUGGGUACUCAAGAUCCCCGGAGUCUUUGAAAAAGAUUGCUGAAAUCAUCAAAAAGUUGAGACAAAAGAAUCCAGAUUUAAUUUAUGUAUGCGAUCCAGUAAUGGGUGACAAUGGCAAAAUGUACGUGCCAGAAGACAUUCUCCCAGUGUACCGAGAUAUCGUGGUCCCCCUAGCCGACGUUAUAACUCCGAAUCAGUACGAAGCUGAACUGAUGACGGGAAUGAAGGUCAAUGACCUUGAUGGUGCUCUGAAAGUCAUCCAAGCUCUGCACGAUAAGGGUGUCAAAACUGUUGUGCUGUCCAGCACUGAUUUGGGAGACGAGAAACAUAUGAUCGGACUUGCCAGUACAGCAGGGUCGUGUUACGAAAUUCAAAUUCCGAAGCUGGAUGCCACGUUCACGGGCACUGGAGACUUAUUUGCGGCUUUAUUCUUAGCGUGGUGGCACAAAACUAACCAAAAUCUUAAACUGUCGCUUGAAAACACCAUAUCGACUCUGCAGAACAUUGUUAAAGAUACAUAUUCAAGAGCUAGAGCUGUGCAAGCAUCCGGCAAGCUUCCUCGAAAACUGCUUGAGCUCAGACUUGUUCAAAACAAAAGUCUGAUUGAGAACCCAAAGAUUGACAUUUUAGCGAUGGAUAUAGCUAAGUAAUACAUAGAAAGUAGAGAAUUAUUCACUGUAGCGGAAAUAUUGCCUCAUAUCGUUAUUGCAUAUUUACAAAAUGUAUUUAUAGAUGUUUGUCUGUGUGUUACAUAAAAAAGACAAUAAAAUAGUUAUGCAAUGUUUUAUGCUAUUAAAAUAGUGAUGACCACGCAUCUAUAAAAUUAUGUAAUUAGAUAUACAAAUAAUAUUUAAGAGACAAUGCAAUGUUAUUUUUAAAUAGAUUUUAACCAAUGUCUGAUGUCUUCCAUAGUGAAAGUAAGCUUUUUAGAUUUAUGUAAACUGUGAUAACACAAUAAUAUCAAUUUUGUUUUCAAAUUGUUUUUGUUGACUAGGCACAAUUUGUGACUAUUACUACUACUAUUUUAUAUUGCUUAAUAUUUCAAUAUUAUUUACAAUAUGUGCUUAUAUUAUAUCAGCUACGUUGAAUGAAUUAUAUUGAUGUAUCAAUAAAUAAUAUAUGUUGUUGAUGAAAA